CCAGAUUCCCCGUCUCUCGCCUCAUCAAUUCCAGAUAACCCGGGUCACGCCGCCUCCUCCAUUUUCACUCUCUCGCCCUUCCUCCUUCGUCUCCCCCAUCGACGUCUCCACACACCUGCCACCUACUCACUUCUCAAAUCUCCGGUGAAUCAGGAUACAGAUCGAGAGCACAGAGCAGCAACGUCCAUGGACGUCCAUGGAAUUUCUUCCAGUUGAUUUGGAGAUUUUUGUUAUUGUGGAUCCGAAUGCAAGAACUGCCUCGAAGACUUGGCGGGCUAUUCUCGCUGGACGAUCGGCCCUGGAGAAAAGACUUAUUUCCAGAAUUGGAGAUGGAUCAUCGGUUUCUGUAUGGAACGAUCGCUGGAUUCUAGGUUCUAUUUCAAUGAAGCCUAUGGGCCGUUUAUGUGAAAAUGAUGUUCAGAUGGUGAGUGACCUGAUCAUACCUGGAGCUUUUCAGCGGGAUGUGUUGAAGAUCCGGGACACUUUCUUUGCACCAGAUGCUGAUUUGAUAUUACAGAUCCCGUUGCGUCGAAGGGCCGGUGAGGAUUGGAUUGUGUGGCAGAGGGAGAAGUCUGGCCUCUACUCUGUAAUGUCAACCUAUCGGAACCUAGUUGCCGAGAGAGAUCGUCAAGAAGAUGCGCGCGGGGGCGGGCCGUCGGUGUCCGACCUCGGCGCACAAGAGCAGUACGUGGAAGCGACUGUGGUCUCUGGAUGUAUUACUACGAGUACAUGUUUUUUGGUGGCAAGUUUUGCAUGGUAUUAUACCUGAUUAUGCGACUCUCACCAGGCUGUCAGUGUUGAAAGCACU